UGUUGGACCAUCAACUCAUGAAGUGAACAAGUGGACAACACCAUUUGUUGUUUGAAAUUUCUCAUGAGAGAAAAAUCUUCAUUUAAUUCGAUCUCGGCCAUAUAUAUGCUCAUAGCUUAGUCAAUUACGGCGACUUGGAAUCAGUAGGUUCUUCCCUUUUCUUUGAUCGAUUGAAGCACGAAGGUGCUAAGAAACAUCUCAAUUUAAUUUAAUUGAAUCGUACGUAUUGUUGAAUUGAAAAUUCUCCUAAUUUAUUUUUUAUAAAGUUCGCCAAUGAUCGUCAAUUUGCUUUACAGCUUCUAUCAUGCUUUUCGAGAGUACAUCUUCAAUCAGACAAAUUAGUGAUGAUGGAAAUUCUAGUUCAUCAAAUGAUAUUCAUGUUGCUGUUAUCCAUAUGCCGCGCAAGUACUGCUGCACCAAAGAUGGCAAAGCCUAGUUGCCCAACGGAGUGUGGAAAUGUUACCAUCCCGUACCCUUUCGGGAUUGGACCCAAUCCAAGUUGUUACUAUGACGAAUGGUUUCAAAUUGACUGCAACGAAUCUACCCAGCUGAAGCCUUUCUUGAGGCGUAUCAAUUUGGAGGUGCUGAGUAUAUUUACCGAAGGAAGGCUUCAGGUGAACAGCCCCGUUACAUUCUUCUGCGAGGGAAAUAAUAGUAGAAACCAAGUGGCGGAUUUAAGGGACAGCCCUUUCGUCUACUCUCAGAGCGACAACAUAUUCACUGCAGUGAGUUGCGAUUACUUUGCUUUGUUGAGUUCCGCAUACUCUAUUGUUGGCGGAUGCACGUCAUUUUGUGGUACAGGUUCUGAAGACCUGGAUUGCGAUAGCGGUAUAAACUGUUGUCAGACUAGUAUUCCUCCAGGCUUGCUGGCAGCCGUACCGUUUCUCUUUCAAAGAGAAAAAAGUACUUCUCCAGUCCUCACUGCUAUUGAAAAAACUACAGAUUGCCCUGACAUGAAGAGAGGGCCCAAGGUUCCUGUGGUACUGCUCUGGAGCAUAAACAACCAAACUAGGCCAUUUGAUUUAUUUAACAAGUUCAUUGUUGAUCCUGAUCAGCAUCGACUUAAUGUGCAUACUUACUACGGUGAUUUCUCAAGGGUCAAUUUGUCAGCGCUUAGGGACCCGUCCUGCAUAAUUAACCCCGCAGUCAAUUGGUCAAAAAUUGUUUGUUCCUGCCGUUAUGGGUUCGAAGGGAAUCCGUAUCUCGGGGAAAAAUCUUGUGAUGACAUUGAUGAAUGCCAGGAUCCUGACCGUUACCGAUGCUUUGGCCCCAACAAGUGCGUGAACGUUAUUGGUUCGUACCUAUGUGUGGACAACCAGAGAAAGGACAACCGGAGAAAGGCUAAAUGGAUCCUUGUCGCAGGUUUGAGCUCGAGCCUUGGACUCUUAUUGUUGCUUAUUGGUAUAUGGUUUGGAUACAAACUCCUGAAGAAAAAGAACGAGAUAAAAUGAAAAAAGAUGUUCUUCAAGCGAAAUGGUGGUUUAUUAUUAGAACAACAAUUAUCGUCAGGUGAAGUUAAUGUCGAGAAAAUUAAAUUGUUCAAAUCACAAGAGUUAGAGAAGUCUACUAAUAAUUUUAAUGUGGAUAGAAUUCUUGGCCAAGGAGGUCAAGGUACUGUAUACAAAGGCAUGUUGGAGGACGGGAGAAUUGUUGCUGUGAAGAAGUCUAAAAUAGUUGAUGAAAGCCAACUUUCAGAAUUCAUCAAUGAGGUUGUCAUUCUUUCCCAAAUUAACCAUAGAAAUGUGGUUCAACUAUUGGGUUGUUGUUUAGAGACGGAAGUUCCUCUUUUGGUUUAUGAAUUUAUACCAAAUGGAACUCUUUCCAAGUAUAUCACAGAGCAGGUUGAAGACUUUCCACUCACAUGGAAAAUGCGCUUAAGAAUUGCCACAGAAAUUGCAGGAGCUCUCUCGUACUUACACCAUACAGCUUCCUUUCCAAUUUAUCAUAGAGAUAUCAAGUCUACAAAUAUACUCUUAGAUGAUAAAUAUAGAGCAAAAGUUGCUGACUUUGGAACUUCGAGAUCAAUUGCUAUUGACCAAACUCACCUAACCACAUCACUUGUACAUGGCACAUUCGGUUACUUGGACCCUGAAUACUUUCAGUCAAGUCAAUUUACAGAGAAAAGUGAUGUGUAUAGCUUUGGGGUUGUUCUUGUUGAGCUCUUAACAGGACAAAAACCAAUUUCUUUUCUAAGGUCAGAGAAUGAAGGCAGAAGUCUUGCCACAUAUUUCAUUAAUUUCAUGCACAUAGAUCGUCUAUUUGAAAUUGUUGAUGCUCAAGUUUUGAAGGAAGGAUCGAAAUCAGAUAUCAUAAUAGUGGCAAACCUUGCACGAAGAUGUCUGAAUUUGAAUGGAAGGAAGCGCCCUACAAUGAGAGAGGUCACAACUGAGCUAGAAGUGAUUCAAAUGACAGAAAAGACUUCAAAUGGUGAACAAAACUAUGAAGAGGUUGAAUUUGUCAGAACUGAAUCAAUCGAGCCAUGGGAUAUUGCUUCAAGUUCAACGGGAGCAGGAUCAGUUUUGGAUGUUGGUCGGGUUUCAUCAUUCCAUGAAAUCCCCCUAUUAUCUUUCAAGUCAAGACAUCAAAUAGAAAUAAUCUUUUAAACUACAGGACUUCAUGCUACUGCUAGAGUUUGGGGAAAUUCUCUACCUUUAUCUGCUUGUAAUGCUCUUUUAUUUGACAAUUUGGGAAUAGAUUGUACUAGGGAUAGUUCCUUGUAAUUUUUCUUUUUUGUAUCAAAAAAAUAGAAAUAACCUUUUGUUUGCUACUUAAUAUAUUGCUG